AUGGUCUGCGAGACGCUGGAGCAGUUGUCGAGCGGGUGGAGCAGUAUGCUGCAGCUAGAGAGAGAUAGGAGAAGGAAGCCCGUUUUGCGAGAGACAGGAGAAGGACGAGGUGCUGAAGAAUAUUCGGCCUCAUACUACUACACCCCACCGGACAUCCUACACACCCUCUCCCGCAGUCCCCGCCUGAUCGAGGUGGCGCUGUAUGACGACGCGGGAGGCGUGACAUAUAGAUGGUCCGAAGGGCGGAUGAGUGAGGGCGCGGUGGAAGAGGUGGAAGAGUUCGUUAGGGCGAAGGUGGAGCGAUCUAUCAUCCGAUCGGCGUUACGGGGAUGGGGCCGAGGAAUGGGGGGAAAGCCAUGGACGUUAUCUACUCUCGUUGCUCGUUUCCUACUAUCGGCUUGGUACACCGCCAUCCCUAUUGACCCAAUGCGUACAUCGGCAUACACAGCAUCGCCCCCAAAUGCACCACACAGACUUCUUCAAUCCCACGGCCUGCCUCUCAAUCACACCACCAUCAUCUACUGCGUUCUGCACGACCUUCUACCAUCCUUGACCUACCUCGCAAUGAUGUCUGGCGAUUUCGAUCAGGACCAGUUCCCGGCGAUAUUCAGAGACGCCAUUAAACAAUAUGAGCAGCACUCAAAGCAUGAGCUUGGGGAUCUCGUCGUUAUACCCUGUGAUAUCGACAGUCUCAAGUACGACAUCGAUCUUCGCCAAGACGUGUUCUUGACUUUCCAGAAGAAAAGGGAGACAAUAUACAAGGCCUUAACGCCCGUUGUUGAGCUCGUCAAGACCAUUUCGGAUUCCGUUGGGGAUGCUGCGUCUAUGAUACCGCCCAUUGCAUUUGCAAAGCCUGUCCUUACCGCCGUCAGCGGGCUCAUCGCUGCAGCGAAAGGUGUCGGGAAGAGCUACGACUCUAUCAUUGAGCUCUUCGAGAGUCUUACGCAUAUGCUCAGUCGUUACAAGAUACACUUUGACCACGAGAUUACGCCAUCGAUCAAGGAAAACAUGGUCAAAACCCUCGCACACAUGCUCGUAAUCAUGGGUCUAGCUACGAAGAUCAUGAGGGAAGGUCGAACCGGCAAGAAUGGCGACGUUCAAGAAGCGCUUGAGAAGCUUUCGCGUUUGACUCUGCAGGAGGAUCGACUGGUAUCUGCGACAACACUCUCCGUAACGAACGAUAUCUUGAGCACGCUAUCGGACCAUCUGACGGAUAAAUCUACUGAGGCCCAAUCAACAUUGGAAGCAAUAAGACGUUCGGUUUGCCAAGCUGUAGAAUGCAGUCGGUUUGAAUCUUUCGUCGAGGAUCAGGAGCGCGUCAAAUUCAUAUCCUGGUUAUCAGCUCCAGACGUCUCAACUAACCAGCGACAGGCUCGUGAGAGGCACGCAGAAGGGACCGGAAGCUGGUUUCUAAAUUCCCCCACUUUCACAGGAUGGAAGAACGACGAGAAAACUGUUAUGUGGUUGUCGGGCGGUCCUGGCUGUGGAAAGAGUAUCUUGAGUUCGACCAUCAUCGACGAACUCGAAUAUGUUGCCGCUACUGAUCAAACGAGCGUCUCCGUCGUCGCAUAUCAUUACUUCGACUUCCGUGAUCCCACGAAGCAGUCAUGUGAGAGUCUUAUCCUCUCCAUCAUAAGACAACUCUUGGAUCACUCGAUCGAGAUUCCACAUGUGCUGCGGAUGCUGCACCAGCGCUGUCUCGGCCAAAGGAGCUUUUCCCUUGGUUCUCUGCAAUCCACUCUGCGUGAGAUGCUCGACCUAUUUGACCACGUGUAUAUCGUCAUCGAUGCACUAGACGAAUGUGCAGAGGAACAGUGGGGCAGUAUUUCUAGCUUUGUUCGCUCACUUUCUGGAUGGUCUGUCAGUGCAAAUACGCAUCUGCUGCUGACUGGCAGACCCGAGACGAACAUCCGAAAAUGUCUGGAACAACUGGUUCCUUCUGCAUAUGUAGUGAAACUUGGGUCGGAACUUGGAAUGCGUGACGAUAUCAUACGUUACGUCCGUUCUACAAUUCGAGGCGACAAUUCCGACUUCAAAAGGUGGAAGGCCGAUAUAUUGAUGGAGAUUGAAAACACAUUGGUAUCAGGUGCGAACGGAAUGUUUCGUUGGGUCCAUUGCCAGCUCGAGGACCUCAGAAAAUGCCUGGGUCCAGCUGCUCUUCGUCAAACACUGCGUACUCUGCCCAGAACACUCGACGAAACCUACGAGCGCAUCCUGGGUAGGAUCCUCAAUUCACCCAAUCAGGAGUACGCAAAGCGUAUUUUAUUGUGGUUGUCAUUCUCCCUGCAGCCCUUAUCUCUCAAAGAGGUUGCUGAGGCUUUGGCAUUUACGUUCGACGACCAACCGCAUUUUGUCAUCGAGGAUCGUUUGCCUAACCCACCCGACGUGCUGAGCAUUUGCUCUACGUUGGUAACCACUACCCAGAACUUCCUGCAGUUAGCGCAUUUCUCAGUCAAAGAAUACCUUGUGGAUACCCGUGUCAGAAGCGCUCACAUCUCUUGCUUUUUCUUGAACGAAAAUUUGGCCCAUGCAGUCAUUACCUAUGCAUGCUUAACGUAUCUCAUGCAAACCUCAGAGCUUGUCGGACAGAAGAAGACGCCCAGAACUUCUGAUUUUCCUCUACUGGAAUAUGCUGGUGUCUGGUGGAUAAAACAUGCUUCGCAUGUAUCCCAGCCCUCUGAAGGUCUUCAAUCCAUUAUGGGUGAAUUUGUUGGGUUUAGCGGGAAACACGGACAUUGCGUCGAGUUGUGGUGUCGACGCUGGUAUAAUUCUUACUGGAAGCUACCGACUGUGCUGUAUUGUGCUGCGUUCCAAGGAUCUGCGACCGCAGAUGGUGCACGUCAAAUUGUGGAUAUGGUUUCCAAGAGACAAGAUUUAUCUGGAUUUAAUCGAUGCAUCUAUCUUCUGUGGCUAUGGUUUAUCAAGAUAUUGAGGCGACGGACCUCGCUAAGUAUUAGCUAUCGAGACUUCAGAACUACGGUGGAGAUGAGUCCUGUGUUCGAGCUCCUGGUAAAUCAGGACGGAGGAGAAGAGUCAUCAAAGGAUGAGGGAGGGCGAGGGCGAAUUGAGUUCGGCAAGUUUCUAUUAGAGCAUACGGGCGUGUCAGUACCAGCAUGGAUUACUGAUGUGGAUACAAAUCAUGAACUGGUCGAUGAGAUCAAAUCAUGGAUGGAAGAGAAGGACAGUGUCCCAACCUUCUACCGCCAUAUCCCCAAUUUGACUCUCGCCAAGGCUCUUCCCAUAACAUCUAUCCCUUCGACUCGAGGCCCUGUCUCACCGUUCUCGCUCCGUCUUCCGCUCGUUUCAUUUAAUUCACGGGACUCAACCGUUUGA